CGACCUGUUGGUAACUUGGUGCAUUUCUGUGGAAAUGUUUAUUAUUUAGUUGCUCAAGGAAGGAACAAACGUGUUACGAGUUGUAUGUAGAAGGGAAAAAUUGUCCGUGGUGGAAAAUGCGCCGGCGCCGGCUUUUACCGCAGUGAGUCAGAGUGUGUUGCUGUGGAAACAUGUGGCAGUGGGCGACGGUGUGGCAGGUCGGCACCCUCGUGCUUGUCGCAGGGACCAUCGACUUUUCCUUUUUUACACAGAAGCGUUUCGCACCAUCGCGGGUCGACUGUUAUGAUGUUCCUGCGAUGACUCCUCAUAGAUUUGCACGUUCUUUAAAUAAUGGGUGGCGUCCAAUUCACAACCCCAGUAAAAUAACUAUGAGUACACCUGUUUAUCCGCCGAAUCCAUUACUUAACCCAAAUGAAAUAUUGUCCCGGCGAAUAGACAUUCUGCUUCCGGGUGGUAAGGAAAUAGUAAAGGAGCAUGCGAAACUGGUACAAGAUAUCAACAGUCUCAAACAAGUAGUGUUUAUAUCUCCUCUCGUAGAUGAGAAUCGAGAUUAUGAUGACUCAGUCUUCCAUGAAAUGAUCGAGACGUCCACUACGGCCCGGCCUACACCUUAUCCUUCGAAACAGUAUAAAACUACUUCGUUUCCUAUAAUCCUAGUGGGCGGGGAAAGCCAGAACGAUCUCAUCAAAACGCAACCUAUGAAGUUUUCGAAGCCAAUAAGUCUGGUGGGAACGUCCGUAUCCCCGUUAUUGAAACAUCCAUAUCCUUUUGUGAUGCAGGCGAAAUCCCAACGGCCUUUCAAAUUUUGUAUGCAUCCGAUGCCGGCCAUGUACACCACUACGACUCGACGUCCCAGUCUACUACAGAGACUAAUUAAUGCUAUUAUUCCGAGGUAGCUUUAGAAUAUUUGCAAAAUGCUGUGAUAAAGUCUGCUUUUCUAUUACUAAAGUACAGUUGCGGGCAUAAGUAGUAUUGUUCUUACAACGGUUACAAUAUAAUAUCAAACUGCUGGUAACUUUGAUGACAUCAAUACAGAGCUGUAAAACUGCAAUAUAAUGAGAGACAAAAUAUGAAUAUUAAUAACAAAUGUUAAAUCUUACUUUUGGAAUAUGUAAAAAAUAUCUCGUUUCAGUUUUUUGACAAUUGUUUUUGUGUUACUUUUUUAGGUACUCCUGUUUAGCCUGAAAUAUUUUUUCAUAGUAGAUUAAGUCAUUACAAGAAACAUAAAUUUAUUGAAUAUACAUGAAUUUCCUAUUUUAAACCUACAUUUAAUGUUGCA